CAUAUCCAAGAGCCUUUACCACCGAUCCAUGCCUGUAGUGCUUCGUCCACCGAUGUCAUCGGACCAGGGCAAGAGGGAAAUGAAUUUGAGUUCUGCUGCAGAAGUGGAGAGCCGUAUGUGUAUAAAGGACCGGACAGGAUGGCUUCCUUUAUUUCUCAUCAGCAACUCACAACCUCCUCACCUCAUUCACAAACUAUCCUGCAGCUUCCGCUACUCGCACAACACCCAACAUGCAUUUCACCACCCCCGCUCUACUCGCACUCAUCUCCACUCCCCUUGCCUUCGCCGCUCCCACUGUUGGCAAGCACGACUACAAGACCGAGUGCAAGAAGGACUGGGACGCCAAAUGGAACGCUAAGGACAACAGCUGGAAGAAGAACGAGAAGCUCUUUUACUUCGACGCCGAGUACGUCGUCAAGGCCACACCCGACCAGGUCAUCGCAACCACCGGCGCACCUGCUCCCGGUCAGCCCGGCGCCAAGGGUCUCUUCAAAUACGGUAUCAACAUUGCCGAGAACACCAUCUGCUACAAUAUCACUCUCAGCGGUGUGACUGGAGAAUACUUCUCCGCUGCGCUCACUGCGACGCACAUCCACGAAGCUGAGAAGGGCAAAUCCGGACCACCCAGACUUGCCUUCCCCAACCCUUCCGGUCCCGAUGAGCGCCGCACAUCCGUUGGCUGCCUCAAGGGUCCAUUCACCACUGGCAUUAUCAACCAGACGACCAUGAAGGACACGGGUGAUGGCUUCCAUGUGAAGCAGAUUGUAGCCAACCCCAAGGGCUUCUUCACUGACUCGCACACUGCGCAAUUUUCUGCUGGUGCUGUUAGGGGUCAGCUUGGAUACUAAUCCAUGUUCCGAGGCUGCAUUGGGGAGAAGAAGUAAUUCUUGUGGAUGAUACCUAAU